AUGAAUUUACAAUUAGCAUGUCAUUUAUGUUCAAAUGAUAAUCCAAUACAUUUUCAAUGGUAUCGUAUUCUACGUAAAAAAUAUAAUCAAACAAUAUUUCAUUUAAAUAAUAAAACAUUCUAUGAUCAUAAAUGGAUAUUGAAUAGAGAUUUACUUGAACCAGUUCUAACUAAUACACUCAUAAAUGAUCCAUGUUUAAUAAAUAGAACAAAUGAAUUAGUUUAUAAAAAAUUUGAUCCAUAUCAUGAUUCUGGUACUUAUGUAUGUCAGUCAUUAAAUAAUAAUAAACAUCCUUUAAAUUUUAUAUGGUAUCAUAUAGAUUAUAUUAAUGCUUAUACAAAUACAUGGUCUAGAUUAAAUUUACCAUUUAUAGAACGAAUGAAUAAAUCUGUAACUACAUAUAAUCAAUUAAUACAAUUACAAAAAUAUAUUGAAGAAGAAAUGAAUCGGCCAGAAUAUUUUCAUGAUCAAACAUUCAGUUUACUACGUAUUACAUCAAAAUCAUUUCAUAAUUUAACACACUACAAAUAUUGUGGUAAUAUCCAUGUCCAACAAAAUCGUGUUUGUUAUGUACAGAUACCAAGAAAACUACCAAUCCAUAUUGAUAAUAGUAAUAAUAAUAUAGAAGAAAUAAAAUUAAUUUAUUUUAUAUUAUUCAAUGGUUUCUAUGAACUUGGACAAUUUUAUGAUGAUGAUGAUGAUAACAAUACUAAUCAAUUAAAUUUUCGGCGGUUAUUUAAAAAAUCUUCAGAAAAUUUAGCAACUCAAUUAGGUUUUCAAUUAUUUUUAAAUAAAACUUAUUUAUACAUACCAUGCCAAUAUAAUUUUUUCAAACAAUUACCUAAUUUAAACGAAACAUUUCAACCAUUAAACAUAUUAAAUCUUUAUGUAACUAUUACAUAUCAUUUACAUUGUGUUCAUCAAUUAGAUACAAUAGAAAUGAUGAAUUUACCUUUAAAAUAUGAUGUAACUAAGAUGAAAUUAAAUAUUCAUGAUUAUCAUCAUGUAAAUUAUAUGAAAUUAGAAAAAUUAGCUAUGGAAUAUGAACCAUUCAUAACAUUAGAUUGUUAUCUUACUAAAGAAUAUAUAUGUAACCAUACUACUGCCACUAAUAAUAAUAAUAAUAAUCUCAUUAAAUGGAGUACAACUAAUUUAACAUUUUAUUCUCCUACUAUAUUCAAUGAAAGAAUUUAUAUAAAUGAAAAAUGUCAAUUAAUUAUUCAUAAUGUCAAAUUAAUUGAUUCUAAUAUUUAUAAUUGUUACAUAAAAAAUCAAUAUCAAUCAAAUAAUCCAUGGCAACUAAAAAUAUCAUAUAGAUUAAGAAUUGAAAAAUCUUAUUAUCAAUGGCCUAGUAAAAAUAAUUUAUUAAUUGGUUUAUUAUUUCUUGUUAUAUAUAGUAUGUUUAUUAUAAUAAUAUGGUUUGUUUUAAUGAUUUAUAAUGUAUAUAUAUUUAAACAAUUAGCGGUGAGACUAUAA